AUGGGCCCCCUCCGCUCCACGUACGCUGGAGUGACCAUCGACGCAGAGAGAACCCUCCUGUGCAAAUGUGACUAUCCCAUGAGGAGGUACACAGUCAAGGACGCGAAGAGCCCAUACCAAGGGGAACAAUAUCUGGCAUGUAAAAGGCAUUCCAAAGACGAAGCACAAUGCAACAGCUGGGUAUGGCUCGACGAAGCGUCUCAGGUAGAGCAACUCGUUCCUCGCCUAGCGGUUCCGCAAACACCGAGGAAGCAGACCGAUAUAAGAGAGUUUGGGCAGUUGACGCCGCCGAAAUCGUCGUGUCUGAAGAGGAAGCGGGUGAAUGUAGACCCUGGAAGUUUGGACGAACUCCCCGGGGAUGAGAUAGAGGAUAGCGAUUUGUCGGAAGGGACUUUAGAUUCGCCAUCUCGGAGUAGGCAAAGGUUGUUUGGAAAGGACGAGUCGACUCCGGUAGCUCACUCGCUGUUUGUAUGGCAGGAGGGCAUGGGUACUGUACGGCAUCAACCUCUUCGAAGACUGGAGACUCCGCCUCCUCGAGCCACAGAUUCCAGCACACCACAAAACCCCGAACUUGUUAGCUCUGGGCUGUUUACUCCGGGAUCAGGUGCCCGUAGCCAUAGGAAGCGGUGGAUUAAUACGGACGCACCAGCAACACCAACGAAGCAGAACCGUAUUUUUGCAUCUCCCGCUUGUGUGGUGGAGGAUGAUAUUAGUGAUUCGGAUUCAUAUGGCUGGGAUGAGGAGCUGGUUGCCGCCAUGCUAGAUAAAUCGGACCAGGUGCAGCCGUCGACAUAA